GAAAUCUUCAGACGAGGAACAACUUCUGUGACUAUAAAAGACUGCGCAAAUUAGCAAAAAAAUUCAUAACUGUUUUGACUUGAGAACUUAUUGGUAUAAAAGCAUAUAUUGUUAGUAAAGAUGCAAUCAAAAGUGUUUUUCUUGGUUUGUUGUGUCUUAUUGUGCACAGUUUCUGCACAAAUCUUAUUUGCUGAUACACCAGAAUGUAGUCAUUUAGAGUGUGGACCAAAAGCUGUAUGCAAAGUGAGCAAUUUCGGUUACGCAUGCAAAUGCAAGAGUGAAUUUGGAGGACCUUAUUCAAUGGCAUGUUUUGGUUAAUGUUUUCAAAAAAAAAACCAAAUAAUCAUUAACUGAUAAGCACCGAUUUGGUUCCAUAACUGCUCCACACUAGUUCAACGUAAGAACAUCAAAACACACAAAUUUAACCCAAUUUUUUUUUGUAACACUCGUAAUGUGCGAUAAGCGUAUUAUCAUAUAAUAAAUUAAACUGAUACCAUACCUCUUUACUCUCAACUUAAUUUAUGAUUCUGAAUUGUACUUACAGUGAGUUUUUUGCCUCUCUUUUAACGCAGUGGUGUCCAACCUUUUUUGUGCCAUGGGACACUUAGUGUUAAGCUAUGAUCAAAACCGCACACAACACACGAAUCGUGGGAUAUCACAUUAGUGUGCCGUGGCACACGGGUUGGUCAUCACUGCUUUAACAUAAGCAUAAAGAAAAGGGGAAAAUAAUCUGAUAAAUUUCGCUUCUUCUUAGGUAUGUAUUCACAGGAUGUGCUAAUAAAAUAUGAUUAAUGUGA